AGUGACUGAUAACAAAGUGGAUGCUGGAGCUGUUCUCUGAGCUGUUGUCAUGUAACUUCUCAACCACGUGAAUCUGUACGGUGCACGAAAGUAUUUUUGCAUCUGGAAGUAGUUAGUCCCGACUUUCUGGACCUGCAAGCAGCACAGAAGGCUGUGUGGAGAUUGGUACUAUUAGUAAUCACUAAAUGAGCAAACCAAAGUGGAGGCUCUUAAGUAAUGCCAAUAAUAAUUUUUCACAAGGAGAGCGAUAGAGAUUGUCUAAUAGAAGCAUGGUUUUGCUUCUGCAGUUUGUAGUGCAAUAGUUCUAGAGCUCCUACGGAUCUUGGAGAGAUCAUACCUUUACUAAGACUGUAAAACAGUGCUACCUACCAAACUGUUAGAACAGUUGAGUGUGUGGUAGUGCUGCUCAUCGUUAAUCUUUUCUUUGCUUAGGAAAGACUUGUUGCCCAGCUGGAGGAAAAGGACCUCAAUCUUCAAAAGUGGCGUGAAGAGAGAGAUCAGUUAGUAGAAGCUUUGGAAGUACAGCUCAAAACUUUGGCUGCUAAUGCCAUACAAAGAGAGAGAGAAAUAGCAGAACUGAAACAAUUUGCCUUAAAGGAUUCGAGCAAGGAUAAUGAAACUGUGAUAGAAGAGUUAAGAAAAGAACUGGCUGACAAAGAUGACCUUAUAAAGGAAUUAAAACAACGCAUUAACCACAAUAGCCCCCAGUCUUUGCCAGAAGUACCUUUACUUGAAGAAAGACAAGGUAGAAUGGAUCAUUCUGUAAAUGAAAAGUCUAUGAAAAAAGAAAGCAAAACUAAAAAUGGAGAUGAAGAAAGUAUUCCAGUAAGAUGUGAAGCUAAAGAUUCAUCACCUCGACAUCCUAGCAGUGUCACUUCAUUAAGUGAAUCUGAGGAGCAUUUGGAAACUGACCUCGACUCUUCUGAAGCGUCCACAGAAAAUGGAAAAACUAGUCGGUUCCCAAAACCAGAGGUGGAAAUCCAACUGACACCUCUGCGACCUGAUAAGAUAGAGAUAAAGCAGCACGGCAGCAUGUUACCUGCAAGGGUGAAAAUGCCUAAGACAAGAAAGAAGAGAAAAAGUGGUGACAUGGAUGAGGUAUGACCUACAGCAAACAGA